UGACCUUCACGUAUGCUGCCAGCUCGACAAGCUUGCACCAGGUAAACUGAAAGGUUGUUCCUGGUUGCCAAGGACAACACAAAGAGAGCAGUGCGUCGGAGAGACUUGGCGUCAAAAACAGCCCAUUGCUGUGGCAACAAAUGACAGUGUAUUUGUGAAGUUAACAGCAUUAACCCAACACUCCAUACGAACUAAUCUGCUGAGGAGAAAAGGGCCAGGAUGAAAGAACUGCUCUUUGCUUUUUGUCUCUUUGCGGGACUUGCAGUGACUGGCUCUGUUCAUGCGUCUGAGUGGACCGGGGCAUGUCAGAAUCUGUGCAGAUGUGGAAUCCAACCUUGGUUUUCUCCUUUAUCCAUUUAUAUGGAGGCUUUAACUGUGGACUGUGAUGACCUGGGAAUUUUCUCUCUUCCAGAAAACCUUCCCUCUGAUACACAAGUGCUCCUGGCACAGAGCAACAACAUUGUCAACAUUGAAAAACCUUUGAAUUAUUUAGUUAACUUAACAGAAGUGAAUCUCUCUCAGAACAAUAUAUCUUCUCUUAGUGACCUCUAUCUAGGUCACCUUCCUCAGCUUUCAUCCUUGCACUUGGAAGAGAACCGAAUAACCAGCCUUCACAACAACUGUCUCGUGCACCUACCAAACCUUCAAGAGCUUUAUGUCAACCACAACCUACUCUCGCUGAUCAGUCCCAGGGCUUUUCAAGGUCUCAACAAUCUUUUGCGUCUCCAUCUCAACUCAAACCAACUGACGGUGAUCAGACCAGAGUGGUUUCAAGCGCUCAACCAACUGGAGAUAUUGAUGAUAGGAGAAAAUCCCAUUUCCCAAAUACAAGAUAUGAAUUUCCAACCCUUGAGUAAUCUUCGUAGUCUUGUCCUGGCAAGGAUGAACCUCAGUGAAAUACCUGAUAAUGCUCUGGUUGGUCUCCAUAAAUUGGAGAGCAUCUCGUUCUAUGAAAAUAAGUUUGCAAAGGUGCCUCAGGUGGCACUCAGAAAAGUCCCAAGUCUCAAGUUUCUGGAUCUCAAUAAGAAUCCGAUUGAGAGAAUUAAUCGCGGAGACUUUGCAGAUAUGAUGCAUAUGAAAGAACUGGGUAUCAACAGCAUGCCAGAUCUGGUUGCGAUUGACAGCUUUGCUGUUUCCAACUUGCCUGAACUUACAAAGAUUGAGGCCACCAACAACCCCAGACUGUCUUAUAUCCAUCCCAAUGCAUUUUAUAACCUGCCCAGGCUUGAGACACUGAUGCUAAAUGAUAAUGCCCUCAGUGCACUUCACCGUGUUACAGUCGAGUCCUUGCCCAGCCUACAGGAAGUAAGUUUGCACUCCAAUCCAAUUUACUGUGACUGCGUUGUCCGUUGGAUCAAUAUGAACAAGAUCAAGUUUCGUUUCAUGGAGGCCGACGCUCUCCUGUGCACGGGACCUCCAGAGUUCGAAGGUCGCCAUGUCCGGCACAUACAAUUCCGUGAAAUGAUGGACACCUGCCUCCCAGUUAUCUCUCCAGAAAGCUUUCCAGAACAUAUCAGUGUGGAUGGAGGUCGCUUGGUGUCAUUUCACUGUCGGUCAUUUGCAGAACCAAAUCCGGAGAUCUACUGGAUCACCCCUUCAGGAGAAAAAAUCCUACCAAGAAUGUCUUCAAGCAAGUAUUUGGUGCAUCCUGAGGGAACGCUGGACAUAUUUAACAUUUCUGAGAAUGAGGCAGGUCAAUACACCUGUGUAGCCCAUAAUCUCAUAGGGGCAGAUAUGAAGUCUGUUGUAAUGGUAGUGAAUGGGUACUAUCCAGAACCUUUAAAUGGAUCUUUGGAUGUACAAAUUGAUGUGAUACAACCACAUUUUGCAAAAAUAUCUUGGGUACCACCGAAGAGUAGCUUUGUGUCAAAUAUCAAAUGGUCCACCGCGUCUUUGCGCUUCACAGCUCGUGUACCAUCUGACAUAAAAAUGUUCAACCUGACACACUUGCAGCCAAUGACACAGUAUGAAGUAUGUGUAGAAAUUACAGACCUGCAAAGGGGGCAUUUACAAAAUUGCUUUAAUGUCAGUACACCUGAGCAAGCUGCUCCAGUGAGCAAAUCUAACAAGAGCAAAGUGGUGAUGAUCAAUGCCAUUGGUCUGCUUUUGAUAGCAUCUGCUGUGACAUGUUCACUCAUAUACAAGUCUCUGAAGAGUGAUUAUCUUUACAGACGGUUAAGUAAUCAACAAACAGGGACACCAGAGGGUCCCAGUCCCUGCUCCUCUUCCAACUUCAUGCAGCAUUUGAGGUCUGAAGUGGAUAGCGAUGUUUUGGACUUGAAUAAAACCAUUUAA